AUGAAUACCAGAGCUUAAAAGAAACAGAGUUUACCUUAACAAAUUACUACAGGUAUGAAAUAUAAGAUAGUUUAAUUGAUAUACGAGACUAUUUUAUCUAUAUUUAAAAUUAUUAAUUUAUUAUUUAGAAACUAGAACUAAGUAAGAGGAGUUAGUUGGUGAAUCAGUCAUAUCAAAAGUAAAUAUUGAUAAUGAGGAAUCUGGUAACAAGAUAACAAGCCUGAAUUUUCGUUAUAAUCAUGGAAUUAAAAAACUAUAAAUUACAAAAACAUAUCCAAAUGAUAAAAAUGGUAAAUGUUGAAAUAUAUAAUAGGUUUCAAGGCACAUAAAACUAGGAGUAGACCUAUUGUUUUGAAUUUAUUAAAUUGUAUAAAAUAAAGCACUGAUGGCAAAGUCUUUGAUUUAAUGGAUGUCAAUACAUAUAUAUAAUUGGUGAGUGACUAAUAAUAAUCGUAAAACAUUCCUAAAUCAUUAAAGUGUAAAUGCAAUAAAUCAAUGUGUUUAAAACAAUAUUGUGAUUGUUUUGCAAAUGGAAAUCUGUGUACAACGUAAUGUCAAUGUCAGGGGUGUCAUAAUACUGAUGAUUAUAUUGAAGAAAGAGAAGAAGCUAUAAAUAAAUUGAAAAUGUAAAACUAAUCAAUUGAAGUAAUUAAUAAAUAAAAUUUAUAAGAAAGAAGUGCCUGUAGGAAUAAAUUGCAAAUGCAAAAAAUCAAAAUGUUCAAAACGUUAUUGUGAUUGUUUUCAAAAUAAAUAGAGAUGCAGUGAGAGUUGUCAAUGCAUUAAUUGUUUGAAUCAAUCAGAAAAGGUAGAAUAAGUGGAUUAAAGAUUAAUGAUGAAUUCAAUUUCUUAAUUUGAUGAAAAUAGUCGAUUACCAAAAUCACCCAUUAUAUAUAAUAGAUAAGGGUUUUUCAGAAGAACUGAUAGUAUGAAUUAUUCAAAUUCGUUUGGUUAUUCAAGAAGUAUUUAGAAUGAUAAUAAUAAAAUAAUUAGGAAUGUUAAUACAACAUGAAGGACCAUACUUUUUAAAGUAAGACUCAUAAGGAUUUAAUUGA